CUUCGCGACAUGCAGCGUCUUCCCAGCAGCCUCUGGCCAUCGCUACUGGCCGCUCUCCUCUCGGUACACCAUGUGCACUGUCAGGACUACUACGUGUCGGACAUCCACUGCACGUUCGGAGGCAGCAGUGGCAGUGACAGCGCGGCAGCCGCCCCCGGCGUCCGCGACUCCAUCUCGGCGCGGCUGCGAAAGCCGGAAGGGUUCCGCGGGUCGCCGCUGUUCGCGGACGAGCGCCAGGCGGACCCCCUGACGGACCCCGUGUGCCAGAUCCGGCCCGAGCCCGCCGACCCCGAGCAGCUCUCGUAUCGCCUAUUGGUCACCGACUUCUCGCGCUGCGGCGUCCUGCGCCGCAAUGGCUUCGUGCACGUGCGCAUCUGGUUCCCGCAGUUCCCCGGCGUGGUGAUGAUGUCGGACCAGGAACUCAUCAUCAUGUGCAAGCCGCCGGAGCCCACCAUCAUCGAGAACAAGGCGGCAGGAUUCGCCGGUAGCUUCGCGCACGGGGCCCGCGUGUCGGGCGUGGCGGAGGAGUCCCCCGGGCGGCUGGAGUACGAGGUGGCGCUGUACAAGGAGGCGCCGCCGGCGCGCGUCGGCAACCUGAGCGGCGAGCUGCCCGUGGACCAGGCCGUGCCCAUCGGCACCAAGCUGCAGCUGCGCGCGCGCAUCAACCCAGACUCCGCGUGGAAGUUCGUCAAGCUGACGGAGGUCGCCGUCUCUCCCGACGCCGACGACCCGCAUGCGGCAGGCAGCGUCGCCCUCGUCAAGGACGGGUGCCGUAACAACGACUUCGUGACGAUCAUCCCUCACCAGCCGGCGCGCUACCGCGACCGCAACAACGAGGUCUUUCUGGACUUCGAGGCGUUCCUGCUGAGUGGCAUGCAGGAGCGCGCCACCCUCUGGAUACACUCGCAGAUCAAAGCCUGCAUGGACGCCGCCGACUGCCAGCCCGAGUACUGCCUGGACGUGCUGGAGCCGGCGGGCCACGGCCGCAAGAGGCGAGACGAGGCCGGCGCCAGAGGCGAGGGCGGCGGCGGCGGCGGCGGCGGCGCCGGAAGUGGCGGCAACAGCAGUGAGCAAGCGGGGGAAGCCCCGGCUGGCCCGGCGCAGGCCCACCACGCAGCGUCCUCCGCCAGAUUCCGCGAGAACAUCGAAUUCUCCGUGCUCAUGCCGGGAGACUUGUAUCGACGGCCAGGUCAAGGAGCAGCACUCACAGGUGAUGGACCAUGUUCUACAAUGGCACUGAUAACUGGUCUGCUUGGCACGCUAUUGUUCCUGGCAACACUAGCCGUUUGCUACCUGGCAACAAGACUGCGAGACGCUGCUUCCGUCGACCGAGCCCUUCGUCAUGCUAAAACUGGUGGUUACACAGGCCGCAGCCUUGUCCAAUGAUGGUGCAAAACUGAACAGUCAAAAGGUUGAUUGAAUUUUGGGACAUCUCAUGCCAAUAAAGUUUCAUAAUGGGUUCUAAGCAAAGGUAACAUGGAUGAAUUCAUGUUAAGCUUGAGAUGCUUUGGGAAAGGUUGAGGGAGGUGCUGGAGACAAAACAAAUGGCCACAAAUGCCAAAGACUAUUGUGAUUAAAUAUACAGAAAAGUUCAAUUGCUGAACUUUUCAGUUCUCAUUACAGUAACAAGUUUAUCCUACACAUGAAACUACUAGUAAGUUCCUUGUUCAAUUUGCAAAUUAUUUUCAUUAUCCAAUCUGAUGAAAAUGAAAUUAUGAAUGACACGGUUAGUGUUGCAUUGUUCACAAGAGCGAGAGAACUGCAACUAUGUGUACAAACACCCACCACAGAACAGAGGUCAAGGGCUGUUUUAGUGUGCAGUUAAUAAGUCUUGAGUAAUAGCCUUAAUUCUACAGACAGCAAAUUCUGUAAUUUCCAAAGAAACUAGAAGAUUUUUUCCCUCUUUAACUCUGCUUGCAUUUAGGCUUUUUCUUAAGGUCAAGAAAGGAAAAAUCCAAAAUUUAUGAAUGUAACGAAAAGGAUGAGAAAACAGUUUAGUUCAACUCAACAAAAUUAUAAAACAAAUAGGUUCUAU